CUGAAUCAGAAGAGCUAAAGGGCCACGGGAACGAGAAAUCGAGAGUUCUAGUGAGGGAAACGAAAAAUAAAACAAAACUCUAGAGAGAGGAAAUUGAAUAGUUUUGGAUCUACGCCGAUGAUCGAAACAUCGACGGCUUUAAUUUGCGAAUUGAUCUCAUAUUACUAGGGUUUCGAUUUUAAUUGACCGUUAAGGCCUAGUUGUUUCUUUUUGGGUUUUUAUUUUGGAAUUAAAUUUAGAAAAUUUCAGUUCCGGUAUCCGAUCAACGGAAUGAACGAUCAAUCAAAGAUGAUGAAUCAAGCGAAUCAGAUGUUGAGUAUGAGUCAACAGCAGAUGUUGAAUCAACAUCCAUCUCAGGUAAUGAAUCAGAGGCCUCACUUGCUAAAUAUCAGUGAGUCGAGUCAGAUGAUGUUGAAUGAGUCUCAGCCUCAAGUACAGGCUCCGACGAUGAUGAUGAUGAAUCAGCAGCAAUCUCAGCAGCCUCAGAUGAUGAAUCGAAGCUAUGGCAUGUGGCCUCCUCCUAUGGAUCAGGUCAUGUUUCAGAACCCUAUGAACCCUCCUGCCAGCUUUGUUUCUUCAAAACAAUCGAUGCCCUUGGGACCACGAAGCAAUUGGAAGGGGAAAAAGGGAAGUGACAAGCGACAAGAUGGAAGAAGAAAGGAAAAAGCUUUUAUAGCUGGUACUAGCAGUGUUGUUGUUGGUGGUGGUGUUGUUGGUGGAGGAGGGGGUUAUAAGCCACCUACCUUGAAGGAUUUGCAACAACAGAAUCGAUUAAAAGCCCGGAAGUUUUAUUCGAAGAAGAAAUUUAAUAAUAAUUAUAAUAACAGAUCAGCUCCAUUCGCUCCUCGGAACACAACGUCGUUCUUAAUUCGGGCGAAGAAGUCUGGUGGGAUUGCUUCUCUUGUUUCUCCGUAUCCUGUGACUCCAGCUGUGCUACCAACACCGAUAUUUUCGCCAUCGAGGGAGGUUUUGGUAGAUAUGGCGAAGGAAGAGUGGGGGGUUGAUGGGUACGGGUCGAUGAAGGGGUUGAUUAGGUUGAGGUCACCGGGGAAUGAUGUGGAGGGGCAUGAGGAUGAUGAGGAAGAGGAAGGAGGGUCGAGUGAGAGUGAUGUGGAGGAGCAUGUAGAGGUGGAGAGGAGAUUGGAUCACGAUUUGAGCCGUUUUGAGAUGAUUUAUCCGAACUACAGUGGUGAGUAUAAUAAUGUUUUGGAGAAUCGGGUGGAUGAUCAGGAUUCCCAUAUAGGGCAAUUGGAAGAAGAGAAUUUGAUUUUGAAGGAGAGGCUCUUCUUGAUGGAAAGGGAGUUGGGUGAUUUGAGGAGGAGGUUGAACUGCCUUGAGAGGCAGAAUCAUGGAGUGGAGGAAAUUAAUGAGGAGGUGGUCGACAAUGUGUCUGAAAAUGAAAGCGAGAGCCGUGGGGAGGGGCCCUCGAUUGAGGGGAACAAUGAGGAGAUGGUGGAAGGGAAUAAUGAAGGGGGCUUAAAAGUUGAAGCAAAGAUGGGUAACACUGAUGGGAGUGUUGAGGCCAAGGAAGAGAACAAUAAUGCUAAUGUUAAAGCCCAGGAGGAUAAUGAUGAUGGAAAAGAUGAAACCGAGGCAGAUAGCAAGACUGGAAACCUUGAAGCCAAGGAAGAGAACAAUGAUGGAAAUGUGGCUUCGGAGAAUGAAGUCGUAGCAGAUGUUUUUAUGGAACAGGUUGCACAUGCACAGGAUGAGAUGAUUGUAGACAAUGGGUCUAAGGAUGAGGGAAGAGGAAAUGGGUGCUCAGAGAAGGGCAUUGGCGUUGGUCUAAUCUAGUUGUCCUGGGUCAAUACCGGACAACUGAUUUUGGUUCUUGCACUGAAGCUAAGCUUGUUUUGGAUGAACGCAUACUCAUAUGGGCACAAUAUGCAUAGUGAAAAGGGCAACAUGGUGAAAUUUGGAAGCCAGAAGGAUCAAUAUUUAUCUUCACUGAAGCUGAAAUAGAAGCAGCCGACCGAAGUUACUAACAGCAGGGACGGUAAAAAUUUGCCUUGACCAAAGUCAUAUUCUGCUGUAGGUUGUGGCUGGUUCUCAUAAAAUUAACUUUGUUCCAAAGCUUCAUCAAAUCCCUUUCCUCUUAUAACUGAUAUUUUCCAGUUGGCAAAGCAGCUUCCAUGCUUUUACUGUCGGUAUCCGCCACUGAAAUCUUGAUUUGUCUGGACUGAGCUUGCCAGGUUUGCGAAUCAGUGAGAUCAUAAUUUUGGUUUUUUGGAUGGUUACAUUUUGCAUUAAGCUUCAUUUAGGCACCAAAGCUGAAACAGCCUUUAUUGCGCUAGAAUUACUAAACUGAUCAAACUUGGAGCCCAAAUGAUGUGGUAAACCAAGACAACCAAUGGGUUAUUGUUGGGAAAAAAAACUUGCCACAUCAUUUGAUCCACAAAUUUGGUCAGAGUAGCAUUGUUGUAACUACACAAGUGUACUCUGUUGCUUGAAUUUUAAUUUUGUAAAUUUCCUUUGUAAGUCAAGCUCUUAGUGUUGGUCUGGGAAGAGGUGCUGCAGCAAGUCUCCUUGAGACAAGGUGGCGGGUUUAACCAACCCGACUUGUGGACGCAUGUUGGUGAGCUAGUUAAAAGAAAGAAGUUGUGCCUUCACUAACACCUGUUGGUUUAGUGCAACUAUAAGCGCUUUGAUUCAACAAUUGGUAUUAGAGUAAGGUCACAAGUUCAAGUCCCUGGCCAAUUAUCCCCGGGGGGGAGGGGAAUUGUUGGAUUGGAAAGAGGUGCAGUAAAUCUCCAUGAGACUCAGUGGAGGGUUUAAUCAACAUGAUUCAUGGGCGUGUGUUGCUGAGCUAGUUAAAAGAAAGAAGUUGCGCCUUCACUAACACAUACAAGUUUUGGUGCAACAGUAACCACUUCGAUCUAACAAUUAGUUAUGAAAGUGAGUAGACAUCUGUGACAAGGUCUCUAUACUAGUAGAGGGACAUGUUACUCUUCAUGCAUAUAUUUGACUUUUUGUUUGUGGAGGGGGGGUUUUCCUCUGACUAAGCUUUCAACCAUUUAAAUUUAAUUUGGUACUUUGUGGUGGACCUAUGCUUCCAUAAAUAUGUAUUUAUGAUGAAGGUAUGUUGGAUCCUAGA